UCUCUCUCUCAUCAGUUCAAACCCUAGAAAUUGGGGACUUUUCCAAUAUCAAAGUAGGGAGUUUGAAUUACUUGCUUAAGGGGCUAUAUUUGCUUAAGCGGAUUUGUAGCAAAGCAACAGCAAGCCCAAAGAGCAAAAUCUGAAGCUUUCAAUUUCAAUGGAGGUUAAGGUGCUUUCAUUUGCCGCUGAGAACCCUCCUCUCCCGGUGCUCGUGGUGGCCAAGCUCGCUGGCAUUUCUCUCUCUAACGACAAAUCUCUACUUGCUGAUUGUCCUCAUCUCUUGCACUUCUCCAAUGGGUUGAAAUUGUAUGGAAAUUUUGCGCUUCUUCGAUAUAUCGGUCCAAUUGCUAACUUGUAUGGUGAGAAUGCAAUUCAAGCUGCCCAGAUUGAUGAGUGGCAUGAGUGCGCACCUGUGCUUUCACAGGGUUCUGCAUUUGAGAAUGCAUGCAAAUAUUUGGAUGACUUUUUGGGAACCCGUAGUUUUUUCGUUGAUCACUCUUUUUCCGUUGCCGAUAUAUUAAUAUGGUCAAGUCUAUUAGAAACUAGGCAAAGAUGGGAAAGUUUGAGGAAGUCGAAAAAGUACCGCAACCUUUCUCGGUGGUUCAAUUCACUAUUAACGGAAUACGGUGGUGCCCUGAAUGAAGUCAUCGCUACCUUCGUUGGCAAGAGAGGCUUGGGAAAGCCAGCAACAACAAAAUCAAAAGGCACUCAAGCCAAUCAGGAAUCAAUGACUGUAAAUGGAGAUGUGUCUGAGAAAGGUAAAGCAGGAAGCAGACCAACAUUUGAAGUAGACCUGCCAGAAGCUGAGGUUGGAAAGGUUCGACUGAGAUUUGCGCCAGAACCCAGUGGAUUUCUUCACAUUGGGCACUCAAAAGCAGCUUUGUUGAAUCAGUAUUUUGCUCAAAGGUAUCAGGGUCAGCUUAUUGUGCGAUUUGAUGAUACAAAUCCUGCUAAAGAAAGCAAUGAGUUCGUGGACAAUCUUCUCAAGGAUAUUGAGACUUUGGGUAUCAAGUAUGAAACGGUUACCUAUACUUCAGAUUACUUCCCUCAGUUGAUGGAAAUGGCUGAGAAUUUGAUUUGCCAGGGUAAAGCAUAUGUUGAUGACACACCACGUGAGGAGAUGCAGAAGGAAAGGAUGGAUGGCAUUGAAUCCAAAUGUAGAAACAACAAUGUAGAGGAGAAUCUAAAACUAUGGAAGGAAAUGAUUGCUGGUUCUGAUAGGGGUCUGCAGUGUUGUGUCCGUGGGAAGCUGGAUAUGCAGGAUCCAAAUAAAUCUCUUCGUGAUCCAGUUUAUUAUCGUUGCAAUCCAAUGCCACAUCAUAGGAUCGGAUCCAAGUACAAGAUAUACCCGACUUAUGAUUUUGCUUGCCCAUUUGUUGAUUCUAUAGAAGGUAUUACUCAUGCACUCCGAUCUAGUGAGUAUCACGACCGCAAUGCUCAGUACCAUCGAGUUCAAGAGGAUAUGGGACUGCGAAAAGUGCACAUCUAUGAAUUCAGUAGGUUGAACAUGGUUUAUACAGUUCUCAGCAAGCGCAAGCUUUUGUGGUUCGUUCAAAAUAAGAAGGUUAAUGGAUGGGAUGAUCCUCGUUUUCCAACUGUUCAAGGAAUUGUGCGCAGAGGUCUUAAAGUUGAAGCUUUAAUACAAUUCAUUCUUGAGCAGGGAGCUUCAAAGAAUCUGAAUCUCAUGGAAUGGGACAAACUUUGGACAAUUAAUAAGAAGAUAAUUGAUCCAGUAUGCCCAAGACACACCGCUGUUAUUGAAGAGCGGCGGGUGUUGUUGACGCUGACCAAUGGGCCUGAGAAGCCAUUCGUUCGCAUCAUUCUGAGGCACAAGAAGUACGAAGGUGCUGGGGCGAAGGCGACUACAUACACAAGGACAGUAUGGCUAGACUUUGUUGAUGCAGAGUUCAUCAAGGUAGAUGAGGAAGUGACCUUGAUGGACUGGGGGAAUGCCAUUGUCAAAGGGAUUGAGAAAGACGAAGAUGGAAACCUCAAACUCAUAGGGGUUUUGAAUCUUGAGGGGUCCUUCAAGACGACGAAAUUGAAGCUUACAUGGCUACCUCAAAUAGAUGAACUACCUAAGCUCUCACUGAUGGAGUUCAAUUAUUUGAUAACAAAGAAGAAGCUUGAAGGAGAGGAUUUCCUUGAUGUGCUUAACGCAUGUACAGAAAAGCAGACUGCAGCCUUGGGUGAUUGCAACAUGCGAAAUCUCAAGCGAGGAGAUAUAUUGCAACUUGAGAGGAAAGGAUAUUUCCGAUGUGAUGUUCCCUACAUCAGGCCUUCAAAGCCUAUAGUUCUCUUUGCAAUCCCUGACGGCAAGCAGCAUAUUGGAUUUAAUUGAUAAGGAAGAGUUCAAAUUCAACUCAUGGAAGGAGAAGGAUUUGACUACUGAGCAGAAAAGCUACGAGAUUGGAGCAACCUGUCAGCUAAUUGGAGUUCAUGGCUUUUGAGGAGAACUAGGAAAUCAGUUUACUUCUACUUGUUACUAUUAGGUCCAAACAUUAGUGUUUUGUAAAGAGAAAUGAGACGUCUAUUUUACUUAUGGAGCCUUAUGUUUUUACAUUAAUGUAUCACACUUGAUAUUAUUUUUAACGUCAUUGGUAUUAUAAAAUGAAAU